AGCCAUUCUCCUCUAAGCACAUCUCCCUUGCGCCGCCAUCUCUUCCUCAAGCUCCACCGCAGCCGCCGCAUCCGUACUCAUCCCCAUCGCUGAAAAACUCCAUCCCUCCAACUUCAACGUCUGGCAUGCGCAAUCUAUGGUCACCAUCUGUGGCGCUCAGUUGGUCACCUAUCUCGAUCCAGAGAGGGGGGUGCCGACGCUCAAGUUGUUUGACAAAGCUGGCAAGGUCAUCGACGUGCCGAACCCGACAUACGAGAUCGACAGGGCUCGAGACUCUCAGGUUUUGAGUUUCCUUUUCAAUUCCAUCUCACCUCCUGUGAUGGUUCAGAUCGCAUCUUGCACCACGGCAUCAGCAGCAUGGAUUGUAAUCACGGAGAUCUUCAUCUCCCAGACGCAGGCGGCCAUCGUCAACACGAGGAUCGCCCUCUCCACCACCAAAAAGGGGAACUCCACCAUUGCCGAGUACCUUGGCCGCAUGAAGGCCCUCGGCGAUGAGAUGGCUGCCAUCGGCAAGCCGCUCACAGACGACGAUAUGGUGUCAUACAUCCUUGCUGGCCUGGACUUCGACUACAUCUCCUUCGUCUCCUCCGUCUGCGCCAGGACCGUCCCCGUCAAGCCCAACGAGCUCUACGCCCAACAUCAACUUCGAGAGCCGCCUCGCCAUGUUCGAGGGUGGCAACUCGUCGUCUCACUCCUCCGCCAACGCUGCUUCCCGUGGCGGUGGUGGUUUCCCUCGUGGCGGAGGCUGCGACAGGAACGGAGGCGGCCGUGACCACGGUGGUGGCCGUGGCAAUGGAGGCAACGACGGCCGAGGAAACGGCCACGGUGCACGUGGCCAAGGAGGCGGCAGACGAGAUGAGCUCCCUGAGGUGUUCUGUCAGAUCUGCAAGAAGCCCAACCAUACUGCCCUCAAGUGCUACCGGCGCUUUGACAUUGCAUUCACCAAGGAGAAGAGUGCAAGCGCCGUGUCCAACUCCUCCAACGGCGUCGACACCAACUGGUAUGUCGACACAGGCGCCACCGACCACAUCAUUGGCGAGCUGGACAAGCUCACCAUGAGGGAGAGGUAGAACUGACAUGAUCAAGUAAACAUGCCCAACGGAGUAGGACAAGGCAACGAGGAGCACCCUCCUCCACGGCAGGUGUAGAGCCGGCCUCUACCCCCUAUCAUCGGCUUCUUUAGGCCCUGGCAGGCAUGCUUUUGGCGCCACCAAGAUCUCUCCGUUAAGGUGGUACGAUCGAUUAGGUCAUCCGUCCUCGCAAAUCGUCCAACAUGUUCUUACAAAGAACAAAGUUCCUUUUUUACUUCAUGAGUAGAA